CAUGUGGAUCGCUAUCAUCGCAAUUUCCUUGGCUUUAGUGGCCAUUCUAUUUAAAUAUGUGUUGGGAACUGCAAAAACUAACCCUUUUGCUAUCGACACGCGCGAGCCGCUGAAGCCCAUGGUGUUUGACGAGAAGCUGAAGAAAAAAGUCCUGAAAAAAGGCUUUCUGGCCAGUAAGGUCCCUCAGGACUUGGACGCAGUAGUGGUCGGCAGUGGGAUCGGUGGAUUGGCAAUUGCUGUUCUGUUGGCUAAAGUGGGUAAAAAGGUUCUGGUUCUGGAGCAGCAUGACCGGGCUGGAGGAUGCUGUCACACCUUCACAGAGCAAGGCUUUGAGUUUGAUGUUGGCAUACACUAUAUUGGAGAACUGAUGGAUGACAGCCCAUUUCGCUGUAUGGUUGACCAGUUGACCAAUGGGCAGCUGCAGUGGGACCCGCUGGAGAACCCCUUUGAUAAAGUGGUCCUGGGUCCACCAGAAAACCGCCGCAUAUACCCAAUCUACAGUGGAAAAAAACGCUAUGUUGAUGAACUGAAGAAGUGUUUCCCAGGGGAGGAAAAGGCCAUUGAUGAAUAUGUGAGACUUUCCAAGAAAGUGGCAAAUGGCGUUUGGUUCAUGGUCCUGCUGAAGCUCCUCCCGACUCCUCUCGCAAAGUUCCUGGUGCACACAGGCCUGGCCAGUCGUCUUUCUUCAUUCUUCCGCUAUGCUUCCCGCAGCCUGACGGAUGUGGUGAGUGAGCUCACACAGAACAAAGACCUGAGAGCUGUGAUGUCCUACAUCUUUGGUACCUACGGUAAAAUGCCCAAAGAUGCAAGCUUUUCCAUGCACAGUUUGCUUUUGUGCCACUAUUUAAAUGGUGCCUGGUACCCAAAAGGUGGUGCUAGUGAGAUCGCCUACCACAUGAUCCCCAUCAUUGAAAAGGCAGGGGGUGCAGUUCUGGUCAGAGCACCGGUCAACCGCAUACUCCUCAAUGACGCCAAAGAGGCUAUUGGUGUGAGUGUCCUGAAGGGGCAGGAGGAGGUGCAUGUUCACGCUCCCAUCGUGAUUUCAGAUGCUGGAAUCUUCAAUACCUACGAACGUCUCCUGCCAAAAGAUGUGCAGACUAUGCCUGCGAUUCAGAAACAGCUAAGUAUGGUGCAGCAUGGAGAUGGUGGUCUCAGUAUUUUCAUUGGUGUAGAAGGGACAAAAGAAGAGUUGGGCCUAAAAGCAGACAAUUAUUUCAUCUUCCCUGAGAACAAUUUGGAUGAGCUGAUAGACGGUUACAUGAAGGGGAAGAGAGAGGAAUCUUCUAAAAAGGUCCCUAUUAUAUUUGUGGCCUCACCUUCUGCCAAAGACUCAACCUGGCCAGAAAGAAGUCCAGGUAAAUCCACUGUGACUGUCGUUAGCUUUGCUAACUAUGCAUGGUUUAAAGAGUGGAAAGAUGACAAAGUGAAGAACAGAAGCGUAGAUUACAAGGAGCUGAAGGAGGCGUUCAUCAACAACAUCUUAGAGGCAGUGACUGAGAUCUAUCCUAACAUCAAGGACAGGAUUGAAUAUGUGGAUGCAGGCACCCCAAUCACCAAUCAGCAUUACAUCGCCGCUCCUGAAGGAGAGAUCUAUGGUAUUGAUCAUGGCAUUCCUCGCUUCAAUGUUGAACUAAACGCUAUCAUCAGACCACAGACUCCUAUUAAAAACCUCUUCCUCACAGGUCAGGACAUGAUGUUGUGUGGUUUUAUUGGAGCAUUGUCAGGAGCGCUGAUAUGUGGUUCUGCCAUCCUGAACCGCAAUCUUUACGUGGAUGCCUUAAUGCAUGUCAUAAAAGUCAAGUACGGCAGGAAGAAGAAGAAAGAAUAAGCAUCACAUAAUCUUCACAAUAAUUGCCAGAGAUAUUAGAUAUGGCUAAUAUACAUGUGUAUUUUUUGAAUGAUUGACUGGGCUAAACUGCUUAAAGGCCUUAACUGUCAUUUCAAAACUAGUUUUUGUUGCACUUAAAAGUAAACUGUAAAACAAAGCACUUAAUCAAGGGUUUUACAAAAACAGUAUUGCUGUAAUCAUCUUAGUUCUCUCACAGUAAACUGAGCAUGCAUUCAAAUCUUAGUUGCAUUUAGAUUUGAUUAAAUAUUGAGUACAAAGGUUUUACGUGCAAUUUAAAUAUUUUAGAUGCUAUGUGAUGAUGGCAUGUAAACAUAUAUCUGGGUUUUGCUGCCUUUUUCAGUUGUGAUAUUUGUUUAAACCUGCUCAUCAAUGUGCUGAAUGAUAUCCAAACUUUGUACGUUCCUGCUGCUGCAUAGACUUGCUACUGCCAAUGCAACGUGAGCAUGUAACCAUCAUGAACCGUCUUGAUUCAACAUUAACAUUGUAGUGCUACCUAUACAAUACAGUCACUCAACAGCAAUGCUCUCUCUUAGAUUUUGCUAAUGUAACUGUGCUGUUUCCCAUCGCUAGUUUAAGUAGUGGUGGGUGGUAAUAGACAAGAAAUAUACAGUUUUAUAUAUUGUUAUUCUGUUAAGAUUUCUUUUUUCAAAACAAGUUACCAAAGAGGGUUCAGUGUGAUUAAAAAAAACAAAAAACAAACAAACAAAUAAAACAUCAUGUGAAUACAUUUCUAAUGUUACAAAAUAUUUAAACCUUUAACUAAAAAAGCAUUUAUUUGAAAUAUAUGUUUUUUUUGGUAACAUUAGAAAUGUCUUUAUUGUCAUUUGAACAAUUUAGAUCGUCAUUGUUGAAUAAAAAGUGAAGUAUUUUAAUGCUCUUAGGAAUAAAGGCAUGUUUGCAUGACCUUUCCCCUGCAAUCAUAGACACAGGAUACUCGUCCAACAGUGGUGUGAUUAAAGGGGAAAUGAGGACAUCGCCCACAUGCACAUAAACCUGAUGUCAACUUUGUCAACUAGUUCUGUUGUUUUAAUGCUUUUAUGAUUGCAUGUUAUUAGAUUAAUCUAGACUUACAAAACUGGUUUAAAAUACAAAUCCACAGUUGCAGAGCAAAAGCACACUAAAGAACUUCAUGGAGACACAGAGUAAAACACAAAAUGUAAUCUUCACUAUUACUGCUCCUGCCAGAAAAUUGGGAAUAGCAUAUGGUUCAUGUUCCUGCUGCACAAGAGCCUGGUCAUUUUUCUCUAAACAGGGUCUCUGUCUCUAAAUCACAUUUAUUUCCUGCUCUCAUCUUGUAUUAUUCACCUUUGUUGUGUUUUUUUUUCCUGCAGUCUGCUUGUAUAAUCUGAAUAAAUGUUCAUUUUAACUUUGAUUAGACUUUUAUUCAGCAAGGAUGUAUUAAAUUGAUCAAAAAUUACAGUGAAGAAUGUAUGAUGUUACACAAGAUUUCCAUUUCAAAUAAAUGCUG